AUUGAACCUCUCACUCUCACUCUCCACUCUCACUCUCACUCGGUCAAUCUAGCUUCGGUUGCCCCGUUUCCGCCACAGCACCGCUAGAAUCCUUGAAGUCAAGUUCUCAAUUCUUCUCUUCCCCAUUUGCUGAAUUAUUAUGGUCUGUGGAAAUUGUUGUCGAAGAUGGAGUUGGGAUUUGGGAUGAAAGAAAUUAUUUGUGGUGAAUUAGGAUAAAGAUGGAGUUGAGAUUCCGGAAAUUGGGAUGAUUGGCAACGGUAUUCAUUUAAAUAGAGAGGAAAUGGUGUGGGACAGUGUGGUUACUGUAGUGAAGGGAAAUUGGUUUGGUGUGGGGUCGUGGGGUUCCAUUUAAGUAAUUUUAUUUGCUUAAUUAUUGAAUUUGUGUGGCUUGAAGUCUUUAUAUUCAUGCCAACAUUGCUAUGUAACUGCAUUUAGCAGUCUGACAGUCUUUUGCUUUUUGUGGUUGACUUGAAAUCUUUAAUGUUCAAGUUUAUUAAUGUAUUGUUGUGGCUCCAAUUGUCGUUUGUUGUAGAUGAUUCUUGUGAAUGCAAUUUAAAUUGUUUUUUAGGCGAUUGUGUCGAAAUUGUAACUCUGAUCUAGAGUUGUUUCGUUUGUGGAACAGGUUAUUUUUCAAUGAUUUAUGUCUUUCUUGUCUUAAAGCGUGGAAAGUUUUUUGACAUAUAACAGUAUGUCAGGAUUUUGUAUAUUUUAACCGAGACGUGUUAUUAGGUUAGUUUGUAGAGCCAGUAGUUUCGUUAAUUAGUUUUAGACAUAAAUAGCUUAGGUUUGUGCCCAGCUUUAAGGACUGAAGAUUAUCUUUUUGAUUGCUUGAUAUACUUAGUAUAUUCAAGUCACAGUAUUCAAUUUCUAGUUCUUUUUGGAUGAUUGGCAUAGACUUUAUCAUUGAAAGAAGAAAAAAUAGUGACUUGCUUAGCCUAAAUAGUAAAUUCUGCCACAUUGAUAUCAACCGGUUUUGCAAGACUGAAGCCAUAAAUAAUUUAUGAAGUACCUUUCUUAAUUUCACAGUUCACAUCCCUAUGCUUCUCUAAAUCUUGCUAAAGGGUUGGAGAAUUUAUAGUAGUAGUAUUUACUAAAGCUUCAAUCUUUUGGCAGAGUGAGAAAACAGCUUCUACAAUGAUCCGUGAAGUUGCACCAUUUCUUCGAGUGAAAAGGCUCUCGGAGAAAGCCAUUUUGCUGUCUAGGGGCUCCCCUCUUUCAGCCGGCUACGAUCUCUCUAGUGCCGUGGAGAUGAAGGUUCCAGCUAGAGGAAAAGCUCUGGUGCCAACGGAUCUCAGCGUCGCUGUUCCCGAAGGAACAUAUGCUCGAAUUGCACCGCGUGGAAGCACUCGAUCGACGUGGGGGCAGGAGUGGUGGAUGCUGACUACCGAGGGCCGGUUGGGGUGAUCCUUUUCAACCAUUCCGAUGCUGACUUUGAAGUGAAGGCGAGAGAUAGAAUCGCACAGUUGAUCAUCGAGCAGAUUGUGACGCCGGAAGUGGCUGAGGUUGAUGAUCUUGAUUCCACCGCCCGCGGGUCCGGUGGGUUUGGAUCUUCCGGCGUCUAAGAACUUGGUGUUUCACUUCUUUGUUAAGUUAUGGUAGAUUAUUGUGAAGGGGGUACAGUCGAAAUAUGGGUUUUGGGUUUUCUGAGUUGGUUCAGUCUAUUUGGUGUAAGCAAUUUCGGCUUUCCUCGUAUUAACAUGGAAAUUAUGAUGCAACCUUUGUGGAUUGCUAAAUUCGUGACAACAAAUUGUA